AUAUAAAAAUAUUGAUAUGUGAAAUAUGUGUGAAAAUGUCUACAACUAAAACAAUUGUGAUGAAGUCGUGUUCGGACGGUGAAUUGUUAUCAAAUGACAAAAGUGUUAUUCAUAAUAGUGACAAUCUAAAUCAUUCAACACCGAACGUAGAACAUUGUACACAAUCAAGAUUAAAAAGAACGUUUACGUUACCACGAAAUCCCUUGCGUAUAUCGAAACGAAAGCCUAAAUCACGAGAUCAUCAAAAUAAUGAAACAAAUAACCUCCAAAGUGAUAACAUGCCAGAUAAAGGUAAAAAGGUAUUUAGACGGCCUUCAUGGAAAAAAUUUAUCAACAAAUUAGCUCAACAUAUGAACUAUAAUGAUCGUAAACAUGGUUUAGAUUCUGAUAAUCGUGUUCCACCGAUUAUAAAUCAUCAAUGGGGCCCUGAACAAACGCCAGGUGUUACAGGUCUACGAAAUCAUGGGAAUACAUGUUUUAUGAACGCUGUUUUACAAUGUUUAGCCCAUACAGAUAUUUUAGCGGAAUAUUUUGUAUUGGAUCAAUACAAAGUCGAUAUGUCACGGCGAAAUAAAUUAAAUGCACGAAAAUUUGGAACGCGGGGUGAAUUAACUGAGCAAUUAGCGUUAAUGUUAAAAGCGUUAUGGGCAUGUAAAUAUAGCCCUGAGUUAAGUACGGCAUUUAAAGCAACGGUAGAACGUUAUGGAGCACAGUAUCGUGGUACUCAACAGCAUGACGCUCAAGAAUUUUUAUUGUGGAUUUUGGAUAAAGUUCAUGAAGAUUUAAAUACAGCAUCGAAGAAAAAAUAUAAAGCAAUAAAGAAUACAUUAAAUCGACCAGAUGAAGUAAUCGCAGCUGAAACAUUAGCAAAUCAUGUACGAUGUAAUAGUUCAUUUGUGCAAGCCGUAUUUCAGGCACAAUUUCGUAGCUCAUUAACAUGCCCACGUUGUCAUAGACAAUCGAACACAUUUGAUCCAUUUCAUUGUAUUAGUGUACAAUUACCGCAAUUAGCACGACGAAGUAUUUGUGUGACGGUCCUCUACACCUCACAACAACCACGACAAGUUCGACUUGCUGUUACUGUGCCUAUCACUGGAGCUACGAUAGCUGAAUUACGUGAACAAUUAUCAUCCGAUACAUCAAUUGAAUUAUCACAAAUGAUUCUAACUGAAAUACAAUCGGGUGAAAUUGAUGGUAAUGCUGGUUUUGGUAGGACAUUCUCUAAUACACAACCUGUGGGAAUUAUUGCUGAAAAUGAUCCAAUUUAUUGUAUAGAGGUUCCUCAGCUGAAGGAAAUCAAUGAUGAAACCACCACAAGUGCUUAUAUACUCCUUUGUUGGAUAAAUGUAUUAAUUACUGAAGAUGGUAAAUUUCAAAAAUUUGGGAGUCCUUAUACAAUGCAAGUAUCACGUGAAACAUCAUACAAUGAUUUACAAAAAUUAAUUUUAAAAGAAAUGGCCUCUAUAUUACACGAUGAUGUGUUAACAUCAGCUCAACCAUCUGAUGUAUUUGUAAUGCGUUUAUGUGAGCCUGCUUUUGAUGAAAAUGAAGCAUUAGAUCCAACGUUGUCGCAUCCCUUAUUCACUGAAAUUGUUGAUCAAACAUUAGCAUUGUGUUCAACAACAGAUUCAGGUCCACCACAUAUUAAAUUAAUAUUAGAAUGGACACAAAGUGAUAAGCAAAGUAUCAUCGCAGAUGAUAAGGAUCAAUAUGAGGAACACUAUAGUGUCACACAAUUACGGGCUGGUGGAAAUGACUUAAAUAACAGUGCACCAUUAACGUUAGCUGAUUGUUUACGACAUUAUACAAGAGCUGAGACGUUAGCUGCUGAAGAUGCUUGGCGAUGUCCACAUUGUCAACAAUAUUUACCUGUUGUAAAAACCUUAGGUUUAUGGUCACUACCUGAUAUUCUUGUUAUUCAUUUUAAACGUUUUCGUCAACAACAAUUAAAAGGUCGUAAUAGUUCAAAAUUAACAACAAUGGUGGAUUUUCCAUUAUAUGGUUUCGAUAUGACACCACAUUUAGCAAAUAAAAAUUCAAUGAAUUCAUCCACAAAAAUGUCAUCUAAUCAUUUGGAUAAUAAUUCAAUGAUAUUAGGUGGAUUAGGUUGGUCACCAUGGAAAAGGCCCCGAAAACAAUCACAUAAUAACGAUAAUACUUAUGACUUGUAUGCGGUAUGUUAUCAUCAUGGAGAUGAUUUAGAGACUGGACAUUAUACAGCGGCCUGUAAAAAUCCAUACGAUAAUUCUUGGUAUUGUUAUGAUGAUACUAAAGUGACAAAUUUAUCACAGACAGCUACCGAUAUCACAUCGGAACUAGUGAAUAAUAGUGCAUAUAUUUUAUUUUAUCAAAAACGUAGUGGAGUGUAUGUUGGAUCAAGCUCAAGUUCAGCUGCAAGUACUAGCUCUGUGGGAAGCUCAGGUGGUGAUCAUUGGGUUGCUCGUAUGCCAAAAUUUACUUAUGUUGCACCAAAAGUUGAUAAAAAAUCAACGGAAAAUGAAAAAACAAAUGAUGAUACAAAAAAUUCUGAUGAUGUGAAUGUUAAAACUGAAACGGAAUUGAAAAAUGCAACGAAUUUAAAUAAAAAUAAUGAAAAACUGCCUUCGGAUGAACAAGAAAAUUCUGAUUUAAUUUUAGAACCAAAAAUUAUUGAAAAUAUGGAUGAAAAUCAAUGGUCAAAUGAAAAUGAAGAAACGAAAGUAUUAUCUAGUCCUGUAAUUGAAACAAAACCUAUUUAUACUACAAGUAUUUAUAUUAAUUCCUUUGGGAAUGUGGAUAUUACAACUAGUUGUACAAAACCACAAACAACAGUUACAGAAACUGCGAUCAAAUUAUCGAUAAAUGAUGAUCAACGUUCUGCUUUUUUCCGUGGUGAAAGAGGGUAUGCAACAUUAGGGCCAACAAACAAAAAUACUGUGAAUUCAAAUUCAGAAAAAAUGUAUCAUUCCGAUGACGAGGCUCCACCUGCCAGAAUUGAAACUUUGAUGUCACCACCACCAGUACGAAAGAUACGAGAAUCAAUUACAUCAAUGUGAAAUUUAUUUAUGAUUUCAUGUUUUCAAUUAUUGUGUGUUGUUGUCGAACCAUUAAAAUAAUUAUUUUAAUAUUUAAAAUUUUCUCAAUAAUACUUCU